AUGUUACUGUUUGGACUCCUUCUACUUGGCGUUCUACUUCCAAGAAUCGUUUUCGGUGGCGCAUGUGAUGAGUGCAUACCUCGAGGACCAGGUCAUUGCUGUAACGGUCCAUCUGGACGAUGUUGUGUGACUAGACAAAAAAGAGCAAUGGGUCGGUAUGAAUAUUUGGCCGUGAACCAUCCUAAUGUUCACCUUCUUUCUCAAGCCGGAAAAAUCAUUGGGAAUCUACCGCUAAACAAUCGUACUUCAUCUUCUCCCCCCUGA